AUGAAGAUAUUUCUCAUCUUUCUGGAGCAGAAGAUCUUGAAACUUUUGAAAGAAAUUGAACCUUGGAGGAGGACAAUAUUUUUAAAGAAAGCAAACGAGAAGUACAGAGAUUAGGAAGUUCUUUCUGGAGUUGUGGUCAUAACAAGUAAGGACACAGUCCAGCACCAAGGUAUCUCACUGACAAUGGAAGGAUCAGUAAAUCUGCAGCUUAGUGCCAAAAGUGUCGGUGUGUUCGAAGCCUUCUAUAACUCUGUCAAGCCUAUUCAAAUUAUUAACAGCACUAUUGAAAUGGUAAAACCAGGGAAGCUUCCCAGUGGCAAGACAGAAAUUCCGUUUGAAUUUCCAUUGCAUACAAAGGGCAACAAAGUUCUGUAUGAGACAUAUCAUGGUGUCUUUGUUAAUAUUCAGUAUACGCUACGGUGUGAUAUGAGACGUUCUCUGCUGGCAAAAGACCUAACUAAGACUUGUGAAUUCAUUGUCCACUCACUGUCACAGAAAGGGAAACUGAUGCCAAGCCCAGUAGACUUCACAAUUACUCCUGAAACUUUGCAAAAUGUUAAAGAGAGAGCCUCACUUCCGAAAUUUCUCAUCAGAGGUCAUCUCAGUUCUACAAACUGUAUCAUUACGCAGCCACUGACGGGGCAGCUGAUAGUGGAGAAUGCAGAGGCUGCAGUCAAAAGUAUCGAGCUGCAGUUAGUACGUGUGGAAACCUGUGGGUGCGCGGAAGGGUAUGCCAGAGAUGCCACCGAGAUACAGAAUAUUCAGAUUGCUGAUGGGGAUGUCUGCAGGGGCCUGCCAGUUCCUAUAUACAUGGUGUUUCCCAGGCUGUUCACCUGCCCUACCCUGGAAACAACAAACUUCAAAGUUGAGUUUGAAGUUAACAUCGUUGUCCUUCUGCACGAUGAUCAUCUCAUCACAGAGAACUUUCCACUGAAGCUCUGCAGGAUGUAAAUAGCCAGAGGAGAAUCACUUGAGGAUUUAAUGAAAAAGGACAGAAUUCUUCAGAGGCAAAGUGAAGUUUU